ACGGCUACUGUCUGGCCUCAACCUACCUGGGAGGCGCAUUAAAUCGGCAGACAUCGCUUCACGAGCUGCACGUCGACGAGCGCGUAGGAACAGCCACGCCUUCCAACUCAGCUCGGAUGGUCCGACUAUACGUCGUAAUGGUUGGUACGCGGACAUCCCGCAACUCUUCCAUACCCAGGGGGCGUCAGCCGCGGCUGAGAAAUCAUCCAGACACCAGCCGCUGCAUAACUACCAGGUGCUUGUUGGACAACAAGCCUAUCUCGCCGAAGCAAAGGCGCAACUGAUGACUCCUAUAGACGCAGUCCGCGCAAACUGGACGUCGCAAAUCACAAUCCAGUUUCGCAUGGAACAGGCCCCGACAUGCAUGAGCGGGCUUCGCAUACGGAGACUGGGCCGUUGACAACCUGGAUAUCGAUAUUUGCUAGGAGGACAUGUUGGUCGUCAUCAAAUUCGUGGAGGAGGUACACAAUUUGAAGAUUCGGACCGAGAAGCAAGGUGCUGCUGCUUUUGUCAAGUAUCUUAGCCGCCUAUUCCAGGACUAUGUCAAGGAGGACGGAUUGCUAGGCCGACCGGAUAAGGAACUUUGGGCCGAGGUGGACUGUAGCACCGCCCACGGGCUCGAGACUCCCUAUGCCAUGGUGGUGGUGGUGGUGAAAUAGGCUGUCCUACGGAUCGUCUCAGGAUGCUUGCAAACGCAUGUUUCUGUCACAUGAG